CCUCCACUACCUCGCUUUGCAUCUCUUCACCGUAACCUGAUUCUUGAGAAUCGCAUCCUCAUCACCAGAGUUCGCACAAAUGCCAGUCUACCCAAACUGCAGAGUCAUCCGAAGGUCUUCGUACCUAUACCUUCAAUUACCAAGGUGGUGAGAUGACUCCGAAGAGAUCAACGAGUCGAGCAUAGCAAACGCGAAUGUCGCACGGAUUCGGCCAAGAUAAUGAACAGGAUACUUACCCGGCUCAGCCUCGUAAUUCUAUCCUCAGGUUGCUCGACUUUUCCCCAGCCUCCCAAGUUCUCAACAACCCCAUUCCACGAUCAAGGCCGGCAAACACGCAACCUGGUGCCAAUCAGAUCCUCUGCUUGCUCGAGUGAGCCAACACCGCUAUGCCAUCACCCGUGUACGAAGUACGGAGUAUCCGUACCCAUUUCGAUGCAAUCAUUCACGUCGUGCAAGGCAAAUCCUCCGCGACCUGAUUCGACCGCACAAUGACACACGCAAGCAACCGGGUCAACCGUCAACGUCACGCCAGCUCAAUCCCGCCCGGGGCCUCGCCUUCACUUCAGCCUGUCACGCCUGAAUGGCUCUCUGUCCUGACUCCUGCCCUGCUUUUCCUGCUUGUUCGUCAGAUCUUCCUCCGUUGACAGCUUUCGUCUGUUUGUUCCCUGUUCGCGCCUUGCCCGCUUUGCCGGUUGCCCAGCUUCAGAGCUGCUUCUGGCCUGCUACUACUGCGGCUGCAAGGGCCUCGAAGCAUCGAGCAUCUCUACCCAACCUCCGCUUUCCAAGGAAUACAGACCAGGGUCUGUGAAAAAAAAACAAAAAACAAAAAAAAAAAAGACCAAC